AUGGGCACCAGGGCAGUAGUCACGCCUUCUCUUGUUUGGGGGCUGCUGAGUUGCUGCUUCCUCUGCGAUUGGGCUCUGGGGAGCCAAAGGCCCUUCCGCUCUCUGCCUCCACUAUCCUCCCAAGCCAAGCCAGGACCCGGGCCCACAUGGAAUCCCCCGCAGGGGGCCAACGCAGCCCUGGCCUUUCUCUACUCUGGAGAUGUCCAUCACCUGUCAGGGGCUAAUUGCAGUGAGAGUUACCAAGUCCGUGGGGCAGAAGGCAGAGUGGGCAUCCCCCCAGUCCUACAGAGAGCGGCGGGCACCCUGGCCCAGGCUGCCAAUUUCCUCAACAUGCUCCUACAAGCCAACGACAUCCGGGAGUCGAGUGUGGAGGAGGAUGUCGAGUGGUAUCAGGCACUUGUCCGAAGUGUGGCAGAGGGGGACCCAAAAGCCUACAGGGCUCUACUGACCUUUAACCCUCCACCAGGGGCCAGCCACCUUCAGCUGGCCCUGCAGGCCACCCGGAUGGGGGACGAGACCAUCCUUCAGGACCUGUCUGGGAACAGAGUACAGGAAGAAAAUCCAGAAGAGGACCUGGUCAGCCUUGGCUUGCAGAAGCGAAUACUGACCAAUGACCUAAGGAGUCUUGACAGCCCUAAGUGGCCACGGGGAGAUGGCUAUGUAGGCGACAUCCAUCAGGUGAAGCUGUCUCCUCCCUUCCUGGAAUGCCACGAGGGCCGGCUCCGUCCUGGCUGGCUCAUCACAGUCUCGGCCACAUUCUAUGGACUCAAGCCAGACCUCACCCCGGAAGUCAGGGGGCAGGUGCAGAUGGACAUCGACCUCCAAAGCGUGGACAUCAAUCAGUGUGCAAGCGGCCCAGGCUGGUACUCGAACACUCACCUGUGUGAUCUCAACAGCACUCAGUGUGUCCCUCUGGAGAGUCAGGGUUUUGUCCUUGGCCGUUAUCUCUGUCGCUGCCGACCUGGAUUCUACGGUGCUGGCAGUUCUGGGGGGUUAGAGGAGCGUGCAAGUCAGACUGCCGGCCAGUUCGGGUCCCCACAAGGCAGCCUCGGGAAGCUGCUGCGGUGCCAGCCAUGUCCUGAGGGCUGCACCAGCUGUCUGGAUGCCACACCAUGCCUGGUGGAGGAGGCCCUGGCACUGAACGCAGUGCUGGGCUGCCAGACCUGCUGCAUGCUGGUGGUCUUCCUGAGUAUGCUGGUUGCCUACCGUUGCCGAGGGAGCAAGAGGAUCCGGGCAUCUGGAAUCUUCCUGCUGGAAACCAUCCUUUUUGGAUCCUUACUGCUCUACUUUCCUGUGUUCAUCCUCUACUUCAAGCCCAGUGUGUUCCGCUGCAUCGCUCUCCGCUGGGUCCGGCUGCUGGGCUUUGCCGUCGUCUAUGGGACCAUCAUACUGAAGCUUUAUAGGGUGCUCCAGCUGUUUCUGUCUCGAACGGCCCAGCGGGGUCCACAUCCAAGCAGUGGGCAGUUGCUGCGGCGUCUGGGGCAGCUCCUUCUGUUGGUAUUGGGCUUCCUGGUUGUGUGGACGGCGGGCGUCCUGGAGCCAGGCAUCGAGCACACGCCUCUGGUGACCCGAGGCCACACUCCCACCGGCCGCCACUUCUACCUCUGUCACCAUGACCACUGGGACUACAUCAUGGUUGUGGCGGAAAUGCUGCUGCUGUGUUGGGGCAGCUUCCUCUGCUAUGCCACCCGGGCUGUCCCCUCGGCCUUCCAUGAACCACGCUACAUGAGCAUCGCCCUGCACAAUGAGCUGCUCCUCUCUACGGUCUUCCACACAGCCAGGUUUGUGCUGGUUCCUUCCCUGAACCCAGACUGGACACUUCUCCUCUUCUUCCUCCACACCCACAGUACAGUCACAGCCACCCUAGCUCUGAUCUUCAUCCCGAAGUUCUGGAAGCCAGGGGCGCCUCCCCGAGAGGAGAUCUUGGAUGAAGUGUAUGAGGACGAGCUGGAACUGCAACGUUCAGGCUCCUACCUCAACAGCAGCAUCGCCUCAGCCUGGAGCGAGCGCAGCCUGGACGCAGGGGAUAUCCGGGAUGAGCUGAAGAAGCUCUACGCCCAGCUAGAGGUCCGCAAGACCAAGGAGAUGGCGGCUAACAACCCCCACCUGCCCAAGAAGCGGAGCAGCUCGCGCCAGGGCCUGGGGCGCUCUUUCAUGAGGUACCUGGCUGAGUUCCCCGAGGCCCUGGCUAGGCAGCACUCCCGGGACUCGGGCUCUCCAGGCCGCGGCAGCCUGCCAGGCUCUUCCAGACGCAGGCUUCUCAGCUCCAGCCUUCAAGAAACUGAGAAGCCACCGGCCCUGCGCAAGACCCGCAGCACCUAUGAGCACCACAGGGAGCAUAACACGCUGAGGAGAACCCUGUCCAGGAGGGCCUCGCCAGCCUCGGAGGGCCACGGAGAGGGGCCCCCAGCGCUGGGCUUCAGGUCGGCCAGUGCUCACAACCUGACGGUGGGAGAAAGGCUCCCCCGCGCCAGGCCCAUCUCCCUGCACAAGUCCCUCAGUGUGGUGGCUGGCUCCAGGGAAAAGGCUCUGCUUGUGGCCAGUCAGGCCUACCUGGAGGAAACCUAUCGGCAGGCAAAAGAGAGAGAGGAGCGAAAGAAGGCUGAGGCCGCCACGGUGAGCCCAGUGCGGAGGCCGUCGGCCAGGAGGUCGGAGCGGCCCCUGAGGGCUCCCCUCUCAGCCCCACCUUCCCCGGCCAAGAGCAGCAGUGUGGACGGCUCUCACACCCCUGGGAGGCCUCACGAGGAGGCUGGCAGGAGGCUGCCUCACCCACCCAUCCGGCACCAGGUCUCCACACCCAUCUUCGCUCUGUCUGGGGCCUACCUGGGAGAGCCAAGAAUGCUGUCUCCCACCCCGACCCCCACAUUGGCUCCUGUUCCGUUGCCAGCUCUGGCCCCAACCCCCACCUCUGUCCUGGCACCCGUCCCAAUGCCCCCCCAGAGUCCCACCCUACUCACUUUCAUCUGCCCCUGGGAGAACGCAGAACUGCCGGGAAAGAAAGAAAAUGUGGUCCAGGAAAGCCCCACGGGGCCAGAGCAAGGCAGCCACCCCCCUGCCUCAGCUCGUACCAAGAUCUGGAGGGCCCUCUCGGUGGCAGUGGAGAGAAGGGGGACUGGGGAGAGUGAGAGGACCGCAGAGGACGGACAUGUCCAGGCGGAAGCUGAUGAUGCGGAUGAGGACAAGCCCAAGGUCCUCUCAAAAUCCCACAGCCUCAAGACACCGCUGCAGCAGGGCUCCGUGCGCAGCCUGGGCCUGGCCAUCAAGGCUCUGACCCGUUCUAGGAGCACCUAUAAAGAGAAGGAAGGUGGGGAGGACGCCUCUGAGACUGGGAAGGGAGAGCCCACGGGAGUGAGCACGGGCGCUCCACCCCGAUCUCCCAGGCUAGGCCGGCCCAAAGCAGUGAGCAAGCAGGCGGCCCUCACCCUCUGUGAGGAUGAGGAGUCCCUCCAGAACCAACAGAAUGCUCACACCAGCAGAAUGCUCCAGGUCUGUCACAAAGAGGGCAGCAGAGAACAAGAAAAUAGGGACAAGAGGGCAUCGCAGGGCCCCGGGGAGAGGAGAGGCGAGAGGAUCAGUAAAAUGGGGCUUGCUACACUGAGGCAAGUUUUUGGGGAUAAAAAUGCUGAACAGGCGAGGGAAUCCUCUGUGGGAGACCAAGAGGUGGCAAAUACCACCCUCCUGCCCCUCGGCAGUGCUGACCACAGGGUGGCAGAGGUAUGCCCCUGGGAAGUAACUCAAUCAGGGAUAUGCCAGCCAGAGAGUAGCAGCAAGGCCAAAAUCUGCCCCUGGGAGGGGACUGAAGGAGGCCUUGAGAAGACUCCAUCAAGACAAGUUCUAAGUAGUUCCUGGGAAGGGAGGGAGAAAGCCCCAGAGGAAUCAGAGCCUGGGGGUGUGGGUGCCAUUACUGGGAAAAAGCCGGAGAGGCUUGUCCGGAGCCAGGAGGCAGUGUGUCCUUGGGAAAGUGCCGACCCUGGAGGUCUGUCUCCUCAGUCGGCCCAUCAGGACUCUGACAGAACCCAGGGCAGGUCUGCAGAAGCGGGCAGUACGGAGGGGGUGGGGGGAGGAAGGCACCCAGAGGUUCUCCUGCCCGAGGUUGCCAAGGCUGAGCUGUGCCCCUGGGAGCUGAGUGACGUGGGGGAGGAGACAUUGGCCCAGAGAGUGAAGGAACCCCCCGAAGAAAGGCAGAAAUCCCCCCAAAAGGGAACCUUCUGGAGCGAACAGAAUCUGGGCAGAGACCUGGUGUCUCUUUGUCCUUGGGAAAGUACAGAUUUUCGGGGUCCCUCAGCAGUCUCACUUCAAGCCCCGGGAAGCUCAGGGAGUCUGGGCAGCGGUAUUGCAGAGGUCUGCCCAUGGGAGGUAGGAGAUGCACCUACAGACAGGAAAGCUGAGGUCUGUCCCUGGGAGCUGGGAGCAGAAACACUGAAUCAGGGAACAGAGGGGGGGUCUCUCCCGGGCAAGGAGACUGCAUCCAGGAAGGGGUACUUGGGAGAGAUGGGGGAGCAAACUGCGAGGACAGCGCCUACUGUCUAUCAGGGGCAGGAGUCAGUGUGCCCCUGGGAGGACCCAGCCCCCGAGCAGUCCAGCCCACAUCCAGACAACUCCUCAUCUAAGGGUGCUGUGCAGUUACUAAGCAGUGAGGGCAGCCAGGCGCUGCAAGUGUGUCCUUGGGAAGCACUCAAGCCAGAAGAAAAGCAGGCAGCACCCUCGACGGCAGAAAUCUGUCCCUGGGAAGUCGAUGGAAGAACCCAAGCACCCUCGACGGCAGAAAUCUGUCCCUGGGAAGUAGAUGGAAAAACCCAAGCACCCUCGACGGCAGAAAUCUGUCCCUGGGAAGUAGAUGGAAGAACCCAGGACAGGGCAUCAGAACACACACUCAAAGGAAGAGAAUCUCAAAAAGACGAGGAGAAAAUACCUGGAAAAGCAAGAAUCCAAACGUGGGAAAAGGCUGGGGGGCAGACAAAGCAGGAAGCAAUCUGCCCCUGGGAGAGCAUGGCUAGCAGCACCCCGCAAAAAGACUCAGGGAAACCCCAAGCCACUCUCCAGAGGCAAGGCAGUGUGGGAGCCAAAGCUGCUGAGAUCUGCCCGUGGGACGUGGAGGAGAGCCUGACAGCUGAGAAGGCCAAGAGCUGCCCCUGGGAGGUGGGUGCUGCUGGGGCUGGAGAGGAAAGGACUGUGGGAGCUGAAGCCUGUGGGGUCUCUCGGAAUGAUACAGCUCAGACUGCCGCAGACUCUGGGCCCAGGCAGAGAGCUGCUACUCCUCCAAAGAAGCCAGAGAGGCCAUGCCUGGAGAAGGAGGUGGUCUGUCCCCGGGACAGCGUGCGUCCAGGGGACUCUUCUCAGCAGCCAGAUGCUCUGAGCUCGGAGAAACCAAAAAAUGGGCUCCAGGCUGACCACACGAGCUCCAGGCCAACAGAGGUGUGUCCCUGGGAAGUGAGCGAAGUGGAGCAAGAGUCGGGGAGUGAGCCAGCGGAGCGAGGCCCAAGGAAGCUGGAAAAGGGGGCUUCCCUUCCAAGAGGAACAUCAAAAGGGGAUGCAAAACUCCACCAGGAACAGGAAGCCAUCAGCCCUCAGAAGGACGAGGAUUUGAGGGAACCAUCUGCCCAGGCCCCCACGGUCUCAGAUUUGCCCAGCAGCAUCAGUAGUCAGGUGGCAGAGGGACAGUCCUCAGAAGCAAGUGACAGGGUAACAGAGAAGGGAAGCCUGCGACAAAACCUGAGGUCGGGUUCCCUCCCAGAACACACACCCCAAGAAAAAGCUACAGCUUCGAAAUCCCAGUUCCCUGCUGACGGGGAAGGAACAAGCAAGGAGCUCCAGUCUGUCUGUCCCUGGGAGGGCGUGAUGCUGGCCAGCCCCUCCCCGCACCCUCCCGGUCAGUACUCUGACCAACCCAGAGCCAGCGCCCAGACACCGGUCAGUACUGGCGGGAGGGUUGCGGAGGUGUGCCCAUGGGAUGCUCCGGUCCCAGAUCAGUCUGACCCUGACAGUGACACCAAGGCUGAAGUCUGUCCCUGGAAGGUGACGGGGAGAAUUCAGGAGACACAGAUAUCAGAACAGGAUGAAAAGGAGGAAUCUCAGGAAGAAAAAGAAAGAGCCCCUGAAAAACCAGAGCCCAAAGGUGUGGCAGUCCAGAAAAUGCCACAGACCAGGAGCUUUGGGGAGCAGGAAGCUAUGUGUCUCGGGGAGAGUCAGGACUUUGGGGUGCAACCAGCCACAGGUGCUUCUGAUGGAGGCAAGGGCAGUUCCGAGAAAGUGGACUGUGUGGGGGUCAGGGAGGCAAGAGUGUGUCCUUGGGAAGUAGAAGAAGUUCCCUCUGCCAAGAAAGCGGAGAUCUGCCCUUGGGAAGCAAGUUCAGGGACGGUGGGGGAGGGGGCACUGGACCGGGGGCAGGAUGGAGAGUCACAGGGGGCUGGAGGGGCUGAAGGACACUUUUUAGAAGCGGCAGAGGCAGUCUACCCCUCAGAAGGCACAGCAACAGCAGGGCUAUUUCCAGAGGCAGAGGCCACGGACACAGACCACCCCAAGGUCAGCCCCCAUGGAGCAAGUAGCCCAGGGCAGAGGCUAGCAGAAUUAUGUCAAUGGGAAGUGACAGACCCAGAAGGAAAUAAAAUCAAGGGCACCAUGGCAGACAUCUGUCCAUGGGAGGAAAGCAGACCCCCAUCUGAUGAAUCAGGCCCCCUGGCUUUACCAACAACCCAGACAGAUGUCCCUGCUGCCCCUGAGAAAUCACUCUGCCUCUCGGUACACAGACCUUUGGAGACCUUUCUUCCAGAGAGCAAGAGCGUCCACCCAGAAGUGAGGAAGCCACCCAGUGCUCUUCCUCUGGAAGGUGUCAGAGAACAUGGGCCUUUGGGACUUGAGCCUGGAGCCAAGUCAGACCCAGAGCCAAGUCUCGAAGAAGUGGAGGCUCCGAAGUCUCUCUCCUUGACUGAAGACCAAGGGCAAAUGACUUCUGAGGCUCAAGAUGGAGACCUCAGCCCUCCAUCUGCUUAUCCUUGGGACUGUGAAUGACAGCACCACAGUGAGGUCAGAGCUACUUCAGGACACUUCCCACGUUCCAGUUCCCAAGGAGCUGCCUCAGAGACAGACGCUUGGCUACUUCCUCUCCCCAAGAGGCCAACUGGCAACUCAUUCAAAAGGAACUGUACAAGGGUGCAGCGUGGCCCCCAAGGGAUAUCCCGUCCUCUCCACUUCUCUGUCUGCUUGAGGAAACAAAAGCCGGACCCUCCCCUUCUAAAGAAUUCUGCUAUUUGUCCAGCAUACCUGACACCAGUCAUUCAAAUCUGAACUCUCACUUAAACGGAGUUUACCCAAGGCAGCAAAGACCCAGACCACACGAGGCAGUGGCAAUUGGGAACUGUGGGCGAGGGAAGGCUAUCGAGCCAUGUGAUUUAGGAUGACAGACAGGGCUAGAAUGUGGCUCAGUGGUUAAGAACAUGCCCUGCUCUUGCAUGGGACCUAGGUUUUGCUCUCAACACCCAUAUCAAAUGAUAUCUCAACACCCAUAUCAAAUAUCCAGCUCUGGGGAAUCCUCCAAUUUCUUCUGGUCUCUGAGGCCAUUCAUGUGCACAUACCCCCAGACAGACACACAGACACACACACACAAAACUAAAAUUAAAUAAAUAUUUAAAAGAUGAAAGAUAAAUCAGAGGAAAAGGAAGACAAAAUAUGUGCCCCCAAAAAAAUCUCACCGACCUAGACCUUCUUCUCAUCCUAUUCCCUGACACGGUCCCACGGAGCCCAGGCAGGCUAGUCUAGAACUCUGUAUGUAGCCGAGGCUGACCUAACUCUUCUCAUCCUCCUGCAUCUCACUACUGAGUUCCAGGGUUACGGGGUGCACCACCAUGCCCAGUGUAUGCAGUGGUGGCAAAUGGGUGCUAGGCAAGCUCUCUGUCACCUGAACUAUAACCCCAGUCCUGCCUUUGUCUUUCUGUGGGUUAUGUGUGAGCUACAGACUGAACCCCGAUCCUCAGGAAUCUGGCAAGUCACAUCCCCAGCUCAAGGGCUUUCUUUUGAUUUGAACCUCCAAUUUCUCCUUGAUUAUUUCCCAUUUGUGCCCUGACUGAUGGCUGAAGUGUCAACAAUUAGAUGCUCUGACAUCUAUGUCACAGCUGGUGUCCACAGUGACACCACAGAACAGACAAGGAAAAACACUUCUCAGGGUCCUCCCCACACUGUACAAGGUGUUCUCCCUCCAGAUGUGCUCAGUAAGCCAUCUUCCCGUUUUCCUGGCCCAGCUCUUGCCAUCUCCACAGCUCACCUCCCUGCCUCCUCUUCCUGGUGUUUCUGUAGUCAGCAAAAAGGACCCCUCUUUAGCAAAUGCAGCCAAGGGGAGAGAUCUCUGGUUCUUAGGCAAGAACCACUCUGACUCAUUUGCACCCCUUCCCAGAGGAGCCUGGGAAAGAAAAGAGGUCCUGUUCACAGUCAGAAUCCCAGCUGCUACCUUCAGAAAGAGUAGCACUCCUAGCCAAGUGAGAAGCCCAAGGGCUGGGCAAGGCACCACGUAAACACAAAACCUCUUAGCAGCUCACUGUGUCUUGGCUCUCCUGUCAACAAUCAUUCAGGCUACCUUGCUUAAGCAGCGUGAGAUAACAGAGGGUUGCUGUUAUAUGAUAUCACCAAAGGGAAACUAGGGAAGAGGAAAAUGGCUUGGGAGAGCAAGAAGGACUGCAGACAGGCAGACUAUUGUAGCCGAGCGGCUACAUUCAAGACAACAGCGGGUCCCACCCGCUAACCGGACUGUACAGAGGUGGAAAACCCCAGAUGAGAUCAAAUGCCCAGUGAGCAAACAGGAGUCUAUAUGCAAAUGCCUCACAGAAAAAAACAGCUGAGUACUCCAUUUCCAAAAGGGAACAGAUUAACAGUCACCCACUCUCCUUUGGGGGCCAGCUGCCCUCAUUCCCACACAGAGCCCUCCUACAUACCCAGUUCUUCUGCACUGGGUUUCUACAGCAGUGUGUUGUUCUGGGCUGUGGCUACUUAGCCCUGCAACUUCUGAGCUCAGGUAGACCUCACUAACUGUGCACACCAGAGCAAUCCACUGGGUCUAGUCUAGGUGAAAAAAACACAAUUAUCUUCACAUUCAAUGUUACAAAUAGCCAC